UUCUCUUAACUGUGGCUCGGGGUUGAAUCUGCGUCUGUGAGGACGUUCAUCCAAGAAGCGGCAAUCAGAAGCACAGUGGGACACAAAAGGUCAGUCAAUCUGUGUAGCCUUGAGGAAUCAAACUUCACUUCACUUGCCAGUGGAGUCGCUCUAACUCUGCAGAAAGAGAGGAACGGCAACUUGUUGCUGCUUUUAUUGAUUUCCUUGAAGAUGUCGAUUAAGCUCUGUGAAAAAUAAGAAGCUUUGAUGAGAUUUUUCCAUGCAGAAGACCAGGAUUAGUUUCCAGUAGUUCACCUUUCUCUGAAAAAGGUCUAACGAGGCACCUUAGCUGCUCUGUCACAUGGACACUGACACUGAACAGCUGUUGCAUUCUCCAUCUCAGCACAGAGAGCAUUCAGCAGCUUCACAGUGCAAAAUGAUGCUGAAAAACUUGUUUGCAUCCUCUCUUACUUAGCAACUGGUGAGGAUGAGAGAUGCUGUGAUGACCUAUCUGUAUUUGAGAAGUGUGUUUUUCACCUCGUUGGAGAGAGGAGCUCAAGGGGAGAAAAGUCAGCACGAGGGAGCAGGAGAGGCAGCUGUGAGAAAGUGACAGAACUGUACCAGACUGAAGAAGGAGUAAAGGAAAAACAGUGUAUCAAAGAGCUGGACGCACGCCCGUAUAGCACUGCAGGAUCGUGUUUUGUCAGAGCCGUGCACGGAAAAUCCUGAUGGAGCUGCAAAGGGGUGCUUCUCUCUGAUCUGAAAAGGACACCACCUAUAACUCAGCAUCAUGGAUGUAGAUCUUCUGAACGGCACUUCUGCCAACACAACUCAUGUCCCAGUUUCUCCACACAGUCUCUGGGAGGUCAUAGCCAUCGCCACAGUGUCUGCCAUUGUCAGCCUGAUAACCAUCGUUGGUAACGUGUUGGUGAUGCUGUCCUUCAAAGUGAACAGCCAGCUAAAGACUGUAAACAACUACUACCUGCUGAGUUUGGCCUUUGCUGACCUCAUCAUAGGAGUGUUGUCCAUGAACUUGUACACCACAUACAUCCUGAUGGGUUACUGGUCUUUGGGAAACCUAGCGUGUGACCUCUGGCUGGCAGUGGAUUAUGUAGCCAGCAAUGCUUCAGUGAUGAACUUACUUGUCAUCAGCUUCGACAGGUACUUCUCCAUCACAAGGCCGCUGACUUACAGAGCUAAAAGGACUCCAAAGAGAGCCGCCAUCAUGAUCGGCCUGGCCUGGCUGGUGUCUUUCAUACUCUGGGCACCGCCAAUUCUGUGCUGGCAGUACUUUGUUGGAGAGAGAAAAGUGCCUCCAGACCAGUGCCAGAUCCAGUUCCUAACAGAGCCAGUGAUCACAUUUGGGACAGCAAUCGCUGCUUUCUACAUCCCGGUCUCUGUCAUGACAAUCCUUUACUGUCGGAUCUACAAGGAGACGCAGAAACGGACCAAAGAUCUGGCGGAGCUGCAAGGGCUCGCCACAGAAAAUGUUCCAGAGGGGUUAAAACCACAGAAGACUCUCAUUCAUUCAUGCUUUCAAUUCAACAGAGAGAGGAAGGAACGGAGCCAGGCCUCCUGGUCCUCAUCGAAUCAAAGUAAUGCCACUAAAACUACAACUAGAUCCGAUGAGGGGUGGGUGAAAGCAGAUCAGAUUACCUCCUUUAACAGCUACACCUCAUCUGAGGAGGAGGAGCAGCAUGUUUCCAUUGAAACCCCUCAGGGAUCUUUCAAAGAGAAAGCACUGGGACAGGGUAAUAAGAAUGGGCAGGUGACUGACUACACAGAGGAUCAGUACUUUUCCACUCCUAAGAAGAAGAACAGUAAAAAGAGCAUUUCUUAUAAGUUCAAACCUGGCUCUAAAGGUAAAAACGGCAAAUCUGUAACUGCAACACCCUCACCUUGCCCGCCUGUAGAGGAGCAGCCAACUAAAAAUGCAUCCCCUGCCUCAUCCACCACAUCCAAACCUAUAGACCCCAACCUGAAGAACCAGAUCACCAAAAGGAAGAGGAACGUUCUGGUAAAGGAGAAGAAGGCGGCCCAGACUCUCAGCGCCAUCCUCUUGGCCUUCAUCCUCACGUGGACACCGUACAACAUCAUGGUGCUCAUCUCCACCUUCUGCACCGAGUGCAUCCCCACCUCUCUGUGGCACCUGGGCUACUGGCUGUGCUACGUCAACAGCACCAUCAACCCCAUGUGCUACGCCCUCUGCAACAAGACCUUCCAGAAGACGUUCCGCAUGCUACUGCUCUGCCAGUGGAGGAGGAGGAGGAGAGGCGAGGACAAGCUGUACUGGUGUGGACAAAAUGCAAACGUCAACAACAAAAUGACUUGAUCUGAAACAUUAGAGUGUUUAGGUUAAUUAAAUUUCCCCACAUGCAGAUUUUCUGGGUGUAUAUUUACUGUAGUGAGUGGUCAUCUUCAGCAUGAAGUGCUGCAUGAGAUUUUCCUGUGUAAGUACAUGUCAGUGGAAAAUGAGCAGACUAAAGCAGCACUUAAACAGCUGCUCUGGAUUAUUUCAGAUAAUGACACCCCUGUAAGUGGCUGUAUAUUCUGACAGUGGUUAAAGAUUAUUUCAAGUAUACCGUAAAGGAUGGACUCGGAUCAUUUGCAUAUACUUCAAGUAGUUUAAGGUCUUGUGAAGUCCUUUUUUGUAUGUAAAAAUGUGUUAAUAACCGUUUGUGGCUACAAAGGGAGCUGAACUAACACAGUCUGAUAAACUGCCUCAUUUGAUGUCAACAUCACUUUAAGUACAAAACUACAGCUGUGUCCCAAUUCAGGGCAAACAUUCUUCAAAGGACCAAGCUUUUCACCCUGGUUUUUCCUCCCACGUAGAAUUUAUGCCACACUGUAGUGGCGCACGUCGUUUUGACCACUGCAUUUGUAU